CCGCCGUGCGCGCUUGUCGCGGCUGUUUUUAUACUCCGGCCCGGCGCGGGCCGUUUCACAAGUGGAGCAGUCAGUGUGAGUAGAAGAGGAAUUCGUGAGGCCCUGCUGGAAUCUACAAGGAGUCUGCUGUCAAGAGCUACGUUCCCAUCAGAAAACCAGAAAGAGUUGAAGACAUGGCAGUUCUCAACCAGUGUUGCUGUGGGUGCUCCCUGAAGACGGGCACCAUCAUCAUUGCUGUCUUGUAUGUGAUUGCGAGCCUCGUGCAGAUUGCAACAACAGCGAACAGUUUGCACACACAUCAGUAUGUUGAUGAAGAUCUAAAUUAUGCCAUAGAUAACUUUAACAGCCUUGUACAUACAGAUAUUGAGAAGCAACUUAGAGAUACAGCUGAGAAAUUAGACAACGAUUUUGGACUGAAGGGCAGUGAUGGCAGUUUGACCAGGACAGUGAAUAAAGCGCUACCCUACAAGACUAAAGUUACUAAGACGCAGCUAAUAGUAACACUCGUGUUUGCUAUUAUCCAGGCUAUCUGUGGCAUACUUCUCCUCUUCGGAGCCAUUCAGGAAAAGGCUGGCAUGCUACUUCCAUGGGUGGUUGUGGAAACCCUGGUGGUCAUAGCAUCAACUGUCGUAGGCAUUAUCACAUGCAUUGCUCUCAUCGCAGUGGCUGAAACUGCUACUGCUGGCUUUAUUGCAGUUGUUUUUGUCGUCCUCUAUGUGUUGCUCAGUGUGUACUUCCUGCUGGUUGUGUACAGCUACUACCAGACCCUCCGUGAGAACCCACGCCGAUAUGUUUGAAGAUCUGCUAUUCUGGCAGGCAGACAGAGGAUGGUGUGUGCACCUUUGUAACUGAGAUGGAUGCAGUUGGGGGAGUUUGUCACCAUCACUUCUGCAAAAUGUGUUGCUGGUGAAAUUGCUUCAAACUCUCAGGUUUAUUCUUGUGUGCAUCAUUGGUUUUGACAGUGCAUCUGGAAUCCAGAUGCAACAUUCAUUACGCACAGUGUUUACAUUUCAUCAGCUGUACACCUCAGCCUCAACUUGCUAUUUCCAUUUACACAAAGAGAGAAUUUUAUAAAUAAUUCCAGAGACCGUUGA